GAAGUAACUAACAAGAAGUCAAUGGCAAGUAUUUUGUCUCUCCUUAAUCGAUCGAUUUGCGCUCUCUCUCUCUCUAUCUCUUAUUUCUUUCUAUACACUUUCUCCUCUCUUUCCCGGUAGUUAACAUCCAUCACAUGUAUACUAAAUAACAAACUUUGCCAGCUUCCAAAUCCAAUUAUAUAUAUAUAGAUUAUUAAUUAGUUCGGUUCGUUGUAUAGUUCCUUUCAUCACUACUAAUUUCAAAAUCAUGGGAAACUGUUUAGCUAAGUCAGGUAAUAAGACUACAACUUCCACCUACAAACAACAACACAACCCUAAUUCUUCUGCAGAUGAUGGUGCGAAAGUGGAUGGAAAAAUAGUGAGUCAAAAUCUAAAAAUGUUCACAUUGGAAGAGUUGAAAAGUGCGACAAGAAACUUCAGACCAGACACGAUGGUUGGUGAAGGUGGUUUUGGUCGUGUUUUCAAAGGAUGGAUAGACCCAAACAGUUGCAGGCCUUCCAAAGUUGGUGUUGGAAUUCCCGUUGCUGUUAAAAAGUCCAACCCUGAUAGCCUUCAAGGUUUACAAGAAUGGCAGAGUGAAGUGAAAUUUUUGGGGAAGUUCUCUCAUCCAAAUCUUGUUAAGCUACUUGGAUACUGCUGGGAGGAAGAUCAAUUCUUGUUGGUGUACGAAUACAUGCAAAAGGGUAGCUUGGAAAGCCACCUCUUCAGAAAAGGACCAGAAGCACUUUCUUGGGAUAUAAGGCUCAAGAUAGCAAUAGGAGCUGCAAGAGGUUUGGCUUUCUUGCACACUUCACAAAAUUCUGUUAUCUAUAGAGACUUCAAGUCCUCCAACAUUUUGCUUGAUGGGGACUUCAAUGCAAAGCUCUCUGACUUCGGAUUGGCUAAGUUUGGACCGGUGAGUGGUAAAUCCCACGUCACCACAAGGGUCAUGGGAACCUAUGGUUACGCAGCACCAGAAUACAUGGCUACAGGCCAUCUCUAUGUGAAAAGCGACGUAUAUGGAUUUGGUGUUGUUCUACUAGAAAUGUUGACAGGCUUAAUAGCACUAGACAAAAAUAGGCCAACAAAUAAGCUGAACUUGGUGGAUUUCACAAUUGGAUGUCUUAGUGACAGAAAGAAACUCAAAACAAUUAUGGAUCAUAGGAUGAACGAACAAUAUUCAUUAACAGCAGCACUUCAAGUAUCACACCUUGUACUCAAAUGUUUAGAAUCUGACCCCAAAAAUAGACCAUCUAUGGAACAAGUUUUGGAAACUUUAGAAAAGGCUCAAACUAUAAAAUAUAAACCCAAACUCAAGAAAUCAAGAAUUGCUGUGCAUCAAAAAGACAAGAGAUCUAUGGAGCAUCCUCACAAUAAUGGUCACUCUAAAACAAGAACUCAUUCCCCUCAAUAGUAUUCCAUCGCACUCUCUUAAAAAUAAAAUAUAAGUAAAUUUUUUUUUUCACGAUUAAAUCAGAUACAUCAUUUUUGUUUAUGUGUAGAUAUAUAACUGUUAUUUGAUUAGUUAUAUACUAUAUUGUAAUCAACGUUCUAAUAUAUGUUAUGUGAUUAAUUCUGUGUAA